GCGCCGCGAGCCCGGCGAAGUCCUCAGCCCGCCCCACUUGCCCACUCCCCACUUCCCAAACCGGCUCCGUGUUUAGGGAGGGCAGUGAUCACGCAAGCCGGAGCGGCGGGCUGACGUUGGACGAGCUGCCAGGUAGCUGGAAGCAGGCAGCCAGGCAGCCGAGACACUUCGCAGCGAUUCCAGCCUGGGCUCCGCUGGAAGCCUCGCUGAAUCCCAGCCAGCUGGUUCUAACCUUCCAGAAUCGCAGUCCCUUCUCCCCACAGCCAGCCCUCGCCGAGCAAGCAGCAGGAUGUUUGCAGUGUCUCGCCCAGGGCUCUGAGACAGAGCCUGCCAUCCACUCGCACGCCUUUCUUUCAGGGCUUUUCGGCUGUUGGCUACACUGAUGUGACCCCCCCACCUCCCUUUUUGGAAUGAUGGGGAUCUUUUUGGCGUAUGUUGGAUUUGUUUUCUUUUCCGUUUUAUAUGUACAACAAGGGCUUUCUUCUCACGCAAAAUUUACCGAGUUUCCGCGGAACGUGACGGCGACCGAGGGGCAGAAUGUGGAGAUGUCCUGCGCCUUCCAGAGCGGCUCCGCCUCGGUGUAUCUGGAGAUCCAGUGGUGGUUCCUGCGGGGGCCGGAGGAAAUGGAGCCCGGGGCCGAGGGGGCCGGCGCGCAGGUGGAGCUCUUGCCAGACAGAGACCGGGACAGCGACGGGACCAAGAUCAGCACAGUGAAAGUCCAAGGCAAUGACAUCUCCCACAAGCUUCAGAUUUCCAAAGUGAGGAAAAAGGAUGAAGGCUUAUACGAGUGCAGGGUGACUGAUGCCAACUACGGGGAGCUUCAGGAACACAAGGCCCAGGCCUAUCUGAAAGUCAAUGCCAACAGCCAUGCCCGCAGAAUGCAGGCCUUCGAAGCCUCUCCAAUGUGGCUGCAGGAUAUGAAGCCCCGCAAGAACGUCUCCGCAGCUGUCCCCAGCAGCAUCCAUGGCUCUGCCAACCAACGAACGCACUCCACCUCCAGCCCUCAAGCGGUAGCCAAAAUGCCCAAACAAAGUCCACAAUCAGUGUCUCCAAUCCUUCCAGAAGUCAAACAUCUCCUCCACAGACCACCUCUACCAGUCCUUCCUUUCUUCUCUCUGUCUUCAUUUUUUUCUACUGACCCCUUCCCCACCUUCCCAAGGUCACACAGAACUGUGAAGCAGCUUCCUGCUCCUCCUCCCCAACCUGGCCGUGGAUCAACCCCUGGCGUGCAGAGCUGCAUGCUGACUCCUCCAGCAAAGAGCAAAUCGCCUGUAAAAUCUACGGAGCGGACAGCAAAGUUGACCCUAAACUCCAAGCACCACCCUGCACCCACUGUACUCUAAUUCACUACACAAGGAGCGCCUGCUUCCGGAAGCAUAAAUGAAGAGGCUAUCACAUGCUUUGUUGAUCAUAUUUUCUUUGGCAAAACACUGAUCUUUUAUUUUAAGAGAAUUAGUGUGAAGCGAUAGAACGUUUUUUAAUAGCAAGAUCUAUUUUUUUCCCUUUUCUUUCGGCGACUAAAAUCAUCUCACUGACUGCUCGAGGGUUGGCCUGAAUGUCAUCAGGAUAGGGAAUAUUUACUAUGGAUAUCACUGAUUUCCUACUAAAGGAUCCAGUAUCUUCAGGAAGCAAACAGAGAUCGAAAGGCUACAGAACAGAAGCUAUCAUCAAACAAAACCCCCUUUUUUAGGGCAGGAACAAAACUAUCAACACUGCAAGUCAACAAGGAGGACAUUACUUUAAAUAAGGAGUAACACAAGAGAGAAUUUUUUUUUUUUAUUUUCCCCUUUUUUCUUGGAUUUUUCUUCUUUUCCUUGAUUACAGUUCUUGUUCAAUGGUGGCAAGUGCUGGUUAUGGCCAAUCUCCGUCAAUCCUAGGAGGUUUAUAGAACUACAUUUUGAGUGUUCUAUAUUUCAAUGUAUUUUAAUUCAUUUUGCAAUCCCUGUAUAUGCAAACCUGACAAAUUCUGUAAAUUGCUUAUAGUAUAUGUGCUAUAACUUCAAAGUAGAUGUACUGCGACCCUCAUGCAAGCUAAUUUUUAUCAUUAUAUAUAUAAAUAUAUACUUAAGAAUAUCUACGUGUUGGGCCACUGACCAACUUUUUUUGACCAAGUGUUUGUUUUUCGUUGAUAAUUCAUACACUGCGUGAAUUUUGUAAUCCAUUGUUUCACUUCCACAGGUUUGACAGCUGCAGAUGGUCUCUGUUGUCCUCUGCUUCAUUCUGGAAAGUGCAUAUUCAAAAUUGUAUCAGUCUCUGAUCGAUUAAUUAAUUUUGUUACGUCUGUGCUAAGUUGGAAUUUGCUAUGUUCCUUUAUACAUGGGAUAAAGGUUUAUUGAGGUUUGAGAGUCUCUUGACUCGGAAGAAUGUACACUCUCUGGUUUUGACAGCUAUUUCUGUAUUAUCAUCAUUAUACUCUUGUCAAAUAGAAAUGUUACUUCUAGAAAAUUUGCCUUGGAGGUGAAUGUGGGGAAGGUGAAGCUCUCACCAUAAUUCCCAAUAUUCAUGUUAGAACAUUUCUUGCUAUGGCUAAAAAUGCUGCUUCCUUUGACCUUUAUGAAUUUCUGUACCUUUGUCAUUCUGUUAUUUGCUGCUAAUUAUAUUUUAAUGUCGCCUAAUUAAAAAUUAAAAUUUGGUUGUUGGCUAAAUACAAUAUGCAAAAGAUGAUGGCAGGUCCCUGACUAAAUAAGAUUAAUGUGUUCAGUUUUCACUGGUUAAGUGAAUUAUAAUUUUAAAUAUUCCAUUCUUAUUUUUGGCUUUAUGAUAAUUCAGACUAUUUUAUUUUGAACCUGUUUUCUACUCUGGCAAAGAAAGAUAGGCAGAACUAUUAAAGUGUUCCAUAUACAUUAUGGAAUAGAUAUAGCUUGAGAGAUAAAUGACCUAAGUUUUCCUUCCAGAGAGAUUCUUCCAUUUUCUCUCAUUACAAAACCAGAAGAUCAGCCAUGUGGGGCCAUCAGCUCCCAGCCUAAGGUCCUAUAACCCGAAGCUUGAAGGCAAUCAGUACCUCUGCUUUUCAAAGGUAAAUUCAUUUUCUUUGAUUCAGUUAUAAGCAAGUAUAUAUUUCCAUAAUAUUCUUGACAUUACCUGAGAAAUAAUAUUUCAUGCUAAAUCUUUUACUGCCAUUUUUCUCAUUCAUUUGGUUUAUCAUUUCAGUUUAAUGAGAAAAAUUAAUAAAAGUUUUGAUUGCGCUAUUUUAUUAAUCUA